CCCCGUGCCCUGCGGGCGGGUCGGGAACAUCCAGUGCAGUUUUGGCUGCUGUGGUAAUUGCUUUUCCAAAGAUUGAAGAACUGCAAAUACCGGGCAUUUCACUGCAUCGUCUUCACUGCACCGGGCAAGGGAUAGGGGCUGCACUGCUGGAACUGGCACUGAAUACACUGCAGUACUUGGUCCUGCUGUACUGGCACCUUGGCACCCUGCACCCCCAAGUGAAGCCUUAGGAUGCUAUUUCUCGGCUUCUUGUGCCUCCUGACUGCACCAGUUGGAUCCUCUGACCCAGCCGAUGAAGUUUUAAUUCCACAGUUAAUAUGGUCUGGGCCGACCCCUCUGCCACUGGGAGGAGAUGAGUCAAUCUUCGCUAACAUCCGAAGGCCACGCUCAAUUCCCAGAGACACAGCAGCCCAUCCGGAUAAUAUGUACAUCCAUCUGCCUGCACUUGGCAGGGACCUUCAUUUGCACCUGCAGAGGGUCCAUGAUUUCCUGGCCGCGGGCUUUGUGGUGGAGGAAAGGACAGAACUUGGAGAGAAAAUCCAAACCCAAAUUCCAGAGGAUGAGCUUUGUUUCUAUGUGGGAGAAGUUCUAAACCACAACAAGUCUUUUGCAUCAGUCAGCACGUGUUCAGGACUGACUGGAUUCAUUAAUCUAGGAGAAGAGCAGCUGACGAUACAACCGAGCGACACAGCGGUAGACCCCAGCGCUCACUUCUCUGGAAGAGAACAUAUAAUAAGACACAAGCGUCAGGCAGAAGGGACCUCUUCUUUACAGCCUGAGACGUCCCAUAGGAACUGCCAAGUUAUAUCAGGAAAAAAAAAGAAGCCAAAUAAGAGUGGAGAAGGAGGUGACUGGCGAGAGCGGAGGAACGCAAUUAGACUUGCUGAUGGGCACACUGUAGAGACCCUGGUGGUGGCCGAUGCUGACAUGGUGCAAUAUCAUGGACCUGAGGCUGCACAGAGAUUUAUUCUUACAGUCAUGAACAUGGUCUACAAUAUGUUCCAACACCAGAGCCUUGGAAUUAAAGUUGUCAUCCGUGUCACCAAGCUGGUUUUGCUUCACAGCCGACCGACCAAGCUUUCUAUAGGGCAUCAUGGAGAAAGGUCUUUGGAGAGUUUUUGCCACUGGCAAAAUGAAGAGUACGGAGGACCUAAGUACUUGGGAAACAAUUAUGUGCCAGGAGCCAAAGAUGACGUGCCUGUUGAUGUAGCUGUGUUUGUGACCAGAACUGAUUUUUGUGUCCAUAAGGAUGAACCCUGUGAUACUGUAGGAAUUGCCUACCUCGGCGGAGCAUGCAGCCCUAAACGGAAGUGUGUCCUGGCAGAAGACAAUGGCCUCAACCUGGCUUUUACUAUAGCACAUGAGCUUGGUCACAACAUGGGUAUGAGUCAUGACGAUGACCAGCCAUCUUGUGCUGGUCGUUCACACAUAAUGUCUGGAGAGUGGGUUAAAGGUCGGAGCCCAAGUGAUCUCUCAUGGUCAACCUGCAGUCGUGAGGAGCUGGAGAACUUCCUGAAGUCCAAAGUGAGCUCAUGUCUGCUAGUGACAGACCCUCGCAGUCAUCAUGCCGUCAGGCUUCCCCAUAAGCUGCCCGGGAUGCAUUACAGUGCCAGCGAGCAGUGCCAGAUCCUGUUUGGCAGCAACGCCACCUUCUGCAAAAACAUGGAGCAUCUGAUGUGUGCUGGUCUGUGGUGUCUGGUAGAAGGAGAUGUUUCUUGCAAAACCAAACUGGACCCACCACUGGAUGGGACUGAAUGUGGAGCAGAUAAGUGGUGCAGAGCUGGGGAGUGUGUGAGCAAGACCCCGAUCCCUCAGCAUGUAGAUGGAGACUGGAGUGCCUGGAGCCCCUGGAGCAUGUGCAGCCGCACUUGUGGAACUGGAGCAAGAUUCCGGCAGAGAAAAUGUGACAACCCACCUCCUGGACUUGGUGGUCAGAGCUGUAAAGGAACAAGUGUAGAGCACAUGGUUUGUGAGAAUUCACCCUGUCCCAAAGGAGUUUCCAGUUUUCGGGAUCAUCAGUGUCAAUCUCAGGACCGCAGUGUCAACAAGAAGAAAAACCUCCUUACAUCUGUAAUCAUGGAUGAUAAACCAUGUGAGCUGUACUGUACUCCCGUUGGUCGAGAUACCCCAAUGCUGAUGGCAGAUAGAGUCCUGGAUGGAACACCGUGUGGUCCUUAUGAGGCGGAUCUCUGCGUUCAUGGCAGGUGCCAGAAAAUCGGCUGUGAUGGGAUUAUCGGUUCAGCUGCAAAAGAAGACCGUUGUGGGGUCUGCAACGGUGAUGGCAAGACCUGCAAAGUUGUCAAAGGGGACUUCAACCACACCAGGGGGAUGGGUUAUAUUGAAGCCGCUAUCAUUCCCGCGGGAGCAAGAAGGAUUCGUGUAGUAGAAGAUAAGCCAGCACAUAGUUUUCUGGCUCUGAGAGACUCUAUUAAGAAGUCCAUUAACAGCGACUGGAAAAUUGAGCUGCCUGGUGAGUUUCAAAUUGCAGGGACCACCAUCCGUUAUGUACGCCGGGGACUCUGGGAGAAGAUGUCUGCCAAGGGACCUACAAAAAUUCCUUUGCAUCUGAUGGUCUUGCUCUUCCACGAUCAGAACUAUGGCAUUCAUUAUGAAUAUACCAUCCCAGUGAACCAGUCAACAGAGCAGAAGACCGAGGUGGAAAGACAACCAGAUCAUCUGUACAUGUGGACACACAGCAGUUGGGAGGGUUGCAGCGUACAGUGUGGAGGAGGUGAACGAAAGACUCUUGUGUCCUGCACAAAACUGGUGAACAAAACCAUGCUGAUUGUAAACGACAGCAUGUGCCUUCACGUGCCACGUCCUGACCCACAGAUCCGGAAGUGCAACAUGCAUCCGUGCCAGUCAAGAUGGAUGACAGGUUCAUGGGGUCAGUGCUCAGCCACCUGCGAAAGAGGCUUUCAGCAGAGGGAAGUGUCCUGUGUAUUCCAGCUGCAGAAUGGCACUUAUGUCAACACCCGGGAUAUCUACUGCACAGGACCCAAACCAGAAACCAGACAGAUGUGUGAAGGUCAAGACUGCCUGUCUAUCUGGGAGGCUUCAGAGUGGUCGAAGUGCUCUUCUGACUGUGGCCGGGGCACCAAGAAGAGACGAAUAUCCUGCACCAAUACCAGGGGUAAAUGUGAUUCCACAACAAUGCCAAGAGAGGAGGAGGAAUGUGAGGACUACACUGGCUGCUAUGAGUGGAAGACUGGAGACUGGUCCAAAUGCUCCUCCACCUGUGGGAAAGGCUUGCAGUCUCGAGUGGUACAGUGUAUGCACAAGGUGACCGGCCGUCAUGGAAAUGAAUGUUCCUUCUUAUUCAAGCCAGUGGCCUACAGGCAAUGUCACCAAGAAGCCUGUAAUGAAAAAGUGAAUGCCAACACCAUCACAUCGCCCAGACUUGCUGCCCUGACUUACAAGUGUACAGGUGACCAAUGGACAGUCUACUGCAGGGUUAUUCGAGAAAAAAAUCUGUGCCAGGACAUGCGGUGGUACCAGCGCUGCUGCCAGACAUGCAGGGACUUCUAUGCUACCCAACUGCAGCCACAAAGCUAGUGACCCACAGCGCUGAACCAAGCAUUGCAACACAGAACAGCAGUGCUACGAUACCAAACAAGACUUGAACACAAUGGUGCUGGGUGAUUGAUGCCAGGGGACCCAGGUUGUCAGAUCUGAAAUCAAAGAACAAGUGGCAGAUACACUGUAUACUGUCGAGUUUGUUCUCGAGCUUCAUUGGGUAUCUCCUGGAUCACGCUAAAUGACUUAAUCUGAAUUACGCAAACCUAUUCUCAGGCAAAUCAGGCAGGCUGGAGAAACUGUGAUGUAUUUUAAUGGUUUGCUCAAAAAUUUAAAAUGAGAUGCAAAAUGACAUUCUUUUCAUGGGUGCCAGUUGCACACUAGGUUAAUCUGCUGUGCUAAGAAAUCAACUGUAAAGUGGUGCUUGAUACAAAGCACUGGCCCGUACUAUGGUGCUUAGUGAGUACUGGAUAUUUGCACAAAUGGUGCAUACUGAUGACAACAAUGUCUUUAACAAAAGCUACAUGUCUACAUCUACACCAUCACUAGUUAUUUUUAUUUGUCUGGGUAAAUUCACACCAUGAACAUUAGACGUAACAGUAAAUCCAUGAGGUUUUUCUGUUGUAAAAUGUGAAUAUGGGGGACACAACUUGCCGUUUACUGUGUAAUGUGCCAGAAGAGAGGGAUGUGUCUUCUAGAAUACACCACUCAUUUAUAGUUCUUUUCCUUGUCAUUUUUACUUUGAAACUAUAUGCUGGCAGAUUUUACAGUUUUGUAGCCUGUGAUAGGGUAGGCUAUCAAUAUGAGAUUGUCGGGGGUCCGACUCCCAACACCCCGGCAAUCAGCUGUUUUAAGAGGCUGCAGCAAUCCAGUAAGUGUUGCAGCCUCCUGGCAGCUUACCAAGUGCAGUGCUGUACAUUGUAUGGCGGCUGUGCUUGGUAUUGCAGCUCAGCUCUAUUCACUUGAAUGGGACUGAGCUGCGCCUAGGCCAUGUGACCGAUGAACGUGACUUCUCAUGGCCUAGGAAGAGGCCAAAGUGCUCACGGAGCACCGCUGCCUCUUUGUACAGCUGAUCGGCAUGGUUGGCGGGAGUCGGACCUCCUUAGGAUAGGUCAUCAAUAUGUAAAUCUUGGAGAACCCCUUUAAAUGGAAGCACUGUUUUAUAUUCGAGGUUGGAUGUAAUCGCAAUUAGCAACAACCCGGGAUAAGGAGCUGUGUAAGGUUCCUCCAUCAGUUACUGCUUCCAUUUGUUCCGGUCAAGCAACAGAGGGUGCAUUUAUUUUUCUACUGGUAAUACAUGCAGAAGCCAGAUCUUACAUUACUUAAUUGGUCAUUUAUGGAUCCCUCUAUUCGCAUAUCUGGGGUGCACUAAACAGUUUUAAAGCCCUUCUUCAAUUUUUGUGCAAUUAAUCCACCGUUACUUAGAUUUAUGGAAAACACAAUUUUCGUUCCAUUUUAAUUAUGGACAUAAUAAUGUGGCUGUAACCCAUAAGGGCAGCUGUAUCAUAAGAUGUGGCGUGAAAAAGUCGCAGACUGCACUUUGUUAAUUUUUUAGUGGCAGUUAACCAAAUAAUUUUACACAAAUGCCACCGAAAAGGGGGUGUAGGGGGGGGGGGGGGGGGCAGGGUGCCAGACCACAUUUAUCAUCCUCUACAUCAGUUUUCUGACAUUGAAGAACACUGAAAUCAAGGCCUGGCAUAGAUUUCCGUUCAGGCGCACAGACUGCCAAAUGCUGCACCCAAUAUAUGACUAGGCAUACGCCUCGUCACAAAUCAAGCACAGGCAGUGCGCCUGGUUACUAUAGCCCGGUGUACACCGCCAGGCUAUGAUGAAUCUGCCCCAUCGUCUGUUUGCUUUCAUUUCAUAAAAUGCACUACAGAGUGAGUGGCGAUGAGCACAGCAGAAUACCACUAUUUUCUCACGCCCCCUGUAGUUACCAGACAGCUAUCACUUUUCUCCAUCCUUGUGUUAAUGUCUAUAUACUUUUUGUGUCUUUUUUUUUUUUUUGACAGGUGGAAAGUCUUCCACAGCUCCUGUCGCACAAACCCUUUGUGAAUUCUAAAGGUUGUUAAAAAAAAAAUGUUGAGAUUGAUACUUUGAUGUAUCAGCUUCUAUGUAUAUCUCCUUGUAUAUUUUUUGUUACCCUGUUUUAUAUUCCGUCCUUAUAUUCUACAGCCACAUAUAUAUAUUUUAGCAGGAUACAUAUAUACUGGGACCGGUUGUGAACACAGUGGACUUCAGUUACAAAAUGCAUCCAAGAUGCAGCUUUUAAUCUAUCAGCAGCAGAAUAUACUCACUGUGCACUAAAAAGUUUUGGUCGUGUUUUACUAGUAAAAUGCAAUUUUUAGGCAUAUAUCAAGUCCCAUAGAGAAGGGAAAAAUGUAAAAAAAGAGACUUCCACUGACUCAAAAACGGCACCAAAGCUCCCGAAAAAAAAGCAUUUUUGGUAGUGCAUUUCA